AUGUUCAGGGAAAUAUACGGAGACAUCGUAGAGCUGCUGAGAGUACCAAUAGAUUCAGUGUUGGUCCGGGCCCUGGUCGAAUGUUGGAAUCCAUCUUAUAUAUGUUUCACUUUCGGUAAAGUGGACAUGACCCCUACCUUGGAGGAAUAUACGGCUUUGCUGAACAUCCCGAAUGUUAGAAAGUAUUCCAUUUACACCAAGGCAAUCCGACCUAAGGGGUUCAUUACCAAGAUGGUCACGUUGACGGGAAAGACCAAGGAAUGGGUCGAAGAGUACAUUCGUGAUGAAAGGAUCUCCUGGGCUCAGCUGAAGAGUUUGAUUUAUGAGCAGACUCCAUCAAAAAGAAGAAGAUAUCACUUCGCGCUUGUAGUAUAUGGCCUGGUAAUUUUCCCCAAGAUUGAGGAUCACUUCGACAUUGCCUUAAUCAAUUUCAUCGAAGCUAUUUCCAGAAAGAAUCCCGCACCAGCCAUCAUUGCGGAAACAUUCCUGUCACUGAAUCAAUGUAGACGAUUGGGAGGAGGUCAGUUCAUUGGAUGUACUUCACUAUUACUAGUUUGGUGGUGGAGCCACUCUUGGAUAGUUGAGAAGGGCUGGGCUCGGAGACAUCAAUCAAAUUUUUCGCCUCUGGUGGAUUUUCUCGACAAAUGUCAAAUCCCGGAGCAUCGCAAGAGAAAAGAUUGGGUUGAAGCUCUCCGUAACGUGAAGGAUACUGAGAUUGUGUGGAAGGCUUAUUGGUUACCCAAAGAGGAUGUACUUUUCAGAUGUGGUAACGAUAGCUUUGUGAUGCUGCACGAAUUAUGGGGAGCAAUCGGGUAUACUCCGCUGAUUGUACUCAGACAGUUCAGUACCCGACAGUUCGUACCAGCUACCCACGGCUUGAAUGAGGCAGAAUUUUCUUUCUCUACUCCAGGUUAUCGAGAGCGGAUUUCAAAAAUCUAUAUAGCGUGGCAGAAACCCCACUACAUGAACUUCAAAAUGAUAGAGCCUGGAUUCACACCAGCCUAUGAGGUUUAG